CUUCCGAGUGGGGCCCCACAGUGUCCCGCGGCGGCGCCGAGGCCGCGCGGGCCGCAGAGGGGACCGGGACCCCCAUUGUUGGCAGUUUCUGAAAGUAUUUCAAGGCACAAAUUCAGGUGUCGGCGGGAGCAAUGGAAGAUCACAAGGAAGAAGAGAUGUUAGACAUUCUCCGACUGAACGUGGGUGGCUGUAUUUACACAGCCAGGCGAGAGUCCUUGUGCCGAUUUAAAGACUCCAUGUUGGCUUCCAUGUUCAGUGGUCGUUUUCCUCUAAAAACAGAUGAGUCAGGGGCUUGUGUUAUUGACCGCGAUGGACAUCUGUUUAAAUACCUUUUGGAUUAUCUCCAUGGAGAAGUUCACAUCCCCACAGACGAGCAAACCCGAGUCGCUCUACAGGAAGAGGCGGAUUACUUUGGCAUCCCCUAUCCGUACAGCCUGUCUGACCACUUGGCCAAUGAAAUGGAGACAUAUUCUUUAAGGUCAAAUAUAGAACUUAAAAAGGCUUUAACAGACUUCUGUGAUUCAUAUGGUUUAGUUUGCAACAAACCAACAGUUUGGGUUCUCCACUAUCUUAACACAUCCGGUGCAAGCUGUGAGAGUAGAAUUAUUGGUGUAUAUGCCACAAAAACGGACGGAACAGAUGCUAUUGAUAAGCAGCUCGGAGGAAGAAUUCACAGUAAAAGCAUUUUUAAAAGAGAGGCGGGCAAUAAUGUUCAGUACAUCUGGAGCUAUUACUCAGCAGCAGAACUGAAGAAAAUGAUGGAUGCCUUUGAUGCCUGGGAAGGAAAAGGCGUCAGCUACUGGCGGGUGCCGCACGAGCUGAUAGAAUGCUGGACCCUGGAGGAGCGGCCUUUGCUGGGGAGCCUGCGCCACAUGGCCCCGAUUCGGAAGAGGAGGCUGAUGGCGUUGGAUGAAGGGGAGGAAGGCGUGAACUGUAAGGCUGGUCCUAAACCUGUCAGGUUUUCGGGCCCUUCCACCAGCACCCAAAUCAAGGUCAAGAACUCGGCUUCAGUCCGGGUAUCCCUGUCUCCAGGCGGAAUGCCAGCUCAGCACUCUGCACCGUCUAAGGCCCUGUCCCUGGUGGGCACGGAGGUGCCUGGGCACUCCCCAUCGCAUGGGCCCGGGGGUCCUGAAAAUGGGGCCACAUCGCCCCCUCCAGCCAAGGUUCUGCUGUGCGACAAGAAGGCCACCCCACCCCGGGUGAUAAAGCUGAAGCGGACUCCACUGUGUGCCACGGGGCCUCCCCCGCCCACCUGCCCAGCAGCGAGCCCCGCGGGGGCCCUGCCACCCCAAGCGCCCACCUUGGAUGUGCGGACUGAGAACAGGCAGGACAAGACCGAUUGAAGGGAGCGCUGGGCUCCAGACGCCCUGUUGGCCUCCCAGGGCUGCCACCCGGUGAUGCACACAAGUGACACUGUCGAUGCAGUAGAGGUGACAGCGUCGUGUUUGCAUUCAGGAUAAUUACGGGGAAAGGAAAUUGCGACAUAAGAGUGGAGGAGGGGAGACUUUAGGUGGUUGGGACUAUCGUUCCUUCUCAUUUUCCCAACUUUUAAAUGAUUACUUGUCUACAGGCAGUUUGAAUUCCCGGUUUUUAAUGUUUUUUUAAUGGUUGGUUGGUAUUAGGGCGACAAACCAGUACAGCAUCAUCACUAGAGAAGUUUACUUUGUUGCUGAAAUAAUUGUAGGCUGUAGGCACUUUGUAAUGUUUGUCAUAGCAGCCCAGGGGUAGGAGUGAGUCUGGCUGAGGUCCUCCUGCCUGGGACCAGCGAGGGUGCUGCAGGGCUCCCUGGUGGUAGCACAGCCCAGAGAGGCGGAGAGAACGCAGAUCAGGGGAACUUGCCCCAAGUUACUCUCAAUCUCAAAGGCGACAUGAGAAGAAAGAUGAGGAGGGGCAGAAGAUAGAGACCACACUUUGACGUUCAUUUAAUUAAACUGUUUUCUUUUCCAGA